CAAGAAGAAUCCAUUUAAGUCCCAUGAAUUGUGUGAAGAAAUUUAUACGGAGGGGCAUGCAUAAAAGGGAGGGCGCAUCUCCAUUCAAAAUUCAAACCCGGCGAUCUUCGGCUCUCUCUCUCUCUCUUUCUCUCUCCUCUACUUUUUUUUCUUAGCUUUUCGUAAAAAUGAUGAAAAACAACUCACGGCGGCUGGCGGUGGCGCUGCUGGCGGUGCUUCUUUGCGCCGCCUCCGAGAUUUCGUCUGCCCUCACCGACGGGCUGAUCACCAACGGCAACUUCGAAGCUCCGGUGAAAAAGACAAGCCUUAACCGGACGGUGGUGACGAAGCACGACGCCAUCCCGGGGUGGGCGGUGUCGGGGUUCGUCGAGUACAUUAAGGCAGGCCAAAAGCAAGGCGACAUGUUGCUGGUGGUUCCGGAGGGGUUCGCGGCGGUGCGGCUCGGGAACGAGGCUUCGAUCAAGCAGACGCUGACGAACGUGACGAAAGGGAUGUACUACUCCAUCACGUUCUGCGCCGCCCGGACCUGCGCCCAGGAGGAGCGGCUCAACGUCACGGUGGCACCCGACUCCGGCGUCCUCCCCAUCCAGACGCUGUACAGCAGCAACGGAUGGGACUGCUAUGCCUGGGCGUUCCAGGCCAUGAGCGCCCGCGCUGACAUCAUCAUUCACAACCCGGGCGUCGAGGAGGACCCUGCUUGUGGGCCCCUCAUCGACUCCGUCGCAAUCCGCACAUUGUACCCUCCCAGACCCACACGUGUAACACUGAUUAAAAAUGGAGAUUUUGAAGAAGGUCCAUACGUGUUUCCUACGGUAGAGACCGGGGUGCUUUGCCCGCCAUUCACAGAGGACGAUCACUCCCCAUUGCCCGCAUGGACAGUGGACUCUCUCAAAGCUGUCAAAUACUUAGACGCCGAGCACUUCAGCGUGCCCCACGGCCGUAGGGCCGUAGAGCUCGUGGCCGGGAAAGAGAGUGCAGUGACCCAAAUCGUCCGCACCAUUGUAGGCAAGUUCUAUGACCUCACAUUCCUAGUUGGGGAUGCAAGCAACAAGUGCGAGGGUUCCAUGGUCGUGGAGGCCUUUGCGGGCCAGUCCACGCUCAAGGUACCCUACGAGUCUAAGGGCAAGGGAGGGUACAAACCUGCCAAGCUCCGCUUUAGGGCUAACGCAAACAGGACGCGUAUCAUGUUCUUCAGCACCUACUACCACACCAGAAGCGAUGACUUUGUCUCCCUUUGUGGGCCCGUCAUUGACGACGUGAAGCUCGUCAGCGUCCGCAAUCCUCGUAGACUUGUUUGAACGGAACCAAACUACAAAGAAAAGGCUGAUCAUAUGGUAUUGAACUAAUUUUUAAAGACAUUUUUCCAGCUGGUAAUAUGAAGUGGAGAGGGGUUGGGAAGUGUAGUUUCAAUAUGCACCAUCAUGAAUCAUGUUGGCAUGUGGUAUGGAAAGUGGAAAAGAUAUGCAUGUAUAUUUGUGUUUGUUGUUGAGUGCCCUUGUAACCCAGCACAAUAAUAUAAUAUAAGAUAUAAUCCCACAUUACUAUUAUGAAUAAUAAGCAAAUAUAUUUCACUCAGCUGUUUCCCCUUCAUAAGUUUCUAAUGUGGAACCAUUCACUUUAUCUUUUUGCUUGUUUAAAGGCCUAGAAAGUUAUGAAUUUCACAUCGUACCACAUAAUAUUAUCCAAUCUCUUUUCUUCACCGUAUGGCACAAGAACAACAACCAAUCCAUGUCAAAGGCUAAAUGUACAUAUCCAUCAUAGGUAUAACUAAGAGGGGCAAAAGUGUCAUUUUUCCGUAUUACAAAAGACCAUAUGAGAGCCAGAACAAAUACCUCAACUGAUCCAAAUGCUAGUUCAUCCUGGUUCAGUGUUAGCAGCAAAUAAAUCUACCUUUUUAUUCUUAAAUACGAAUGUAAAGCAGGCAUGUUGCGCAGGAGAGAAAAGUAAUUCUAGUUCAUGCCAUAUAAUUAAACAGUAAAAUGAGUUUGCAACAACAAAAAAACCUUGUCACUGUUUGUAGGUAAUAGUUCACUAGUCCAGAUAAACAAAAUUAGGUGGCAAUUUCAGAAUUGUAUCAUUGAGUUUCAAAUGUAUCCAUAAUCAGCAGAAUAACUGUAACAUCUAGUUAUCCAGAUAAACAAAGUAAUAGCAUCCUUGCAUCAAUAAUUAUAACUCUGUAAUAAGCAAGACAAGGUGUACCUUGGGAGAUACAAGUUAGCGAUAUCAGCUUACCUUUUGAAGAAAAUACAGAGUAAUUAAAGUACUCCUCCACAGCAUGAAUUUUAAGUAUAACACCCAAUAGAAUAUAUAGUAAUACCAGUGAUUGGCAAUAUUGGUAUGGGAAAUUGCACGGAUGUAAUGUACUGUUGUAUGUUCCAUUAGAACGUCUGGUAACUCACGGGAAUCACCCUUUGAACUAUGGGAGAAGGGACGCAUCGACCAGUGUCCCUGGAAAAUGCAGCGGGGGGCUUAUCAAAAAUAUCUUUAAACACUGAAAUUAUGUACUGCCAGACAGUGUGUUGAUGAAAAUCACCAGUCAAGGCAUGCAGGCAUGCUCAAAAUGAAGGAAAUGAAGGGAA